UGGCUCAAGCCUGUAAUCCCAGCACUUUGGGAGGCCGAGGUGGGUGGAUCACGAGGUCAAGAGAUCGAGACCAUCCUGGUCAACAUGGUGAAACCCCGUCUCUACUGAAAAUACAAAAAAUUAGCUGGGCAUGGUGGUGCGUGCCUGUAAUCCCCGCUACUGGGGAGGCUGAGGCAGAAGAACUGCAUGAACCCGGGAGGCGGAGUUUGCAGUGAGCUGAGAUCGCGCCAUUGCACUCCAGCCUGGGUACCAAGAGCGAAACUCCAUCUCAAAAAAAAAAAAAAAAAGCAAUUUCUCUUGAAACUUGGAGCUACUUGGGUAGUCAUGUGUAUAUUGGGGGAUGAAGUGUGGUCAUGACAUUAUAAGGUGUAUUUUGAUUUUAGAAUUCCCUUGGUGUCGAUUGUAGUUUGGAAACUAAGUUGUGUAGCAGGUAGCUACGUUUAAAAAAUGUAAUUUAGACACUCCCAUUCUUAAAAAUCCAUUGGUUUUCCAUUGCAAUUGAAAUGAAAUCGAGACUCAUUGUGCCCAGAAGGCUUUCCAUGUCCAACUCUUAACUACUACCUUUCCACGGAUCUCCUCCUGCUCACUCUCUUCCUUUAGUACACUCACAAUAUGUUGGUCUUCUUUUAGCUUCUCUGUGUUCCAGACUCUUCCCACUUUAGGCCUUUUCCUAACUGUUCUUUCUUUUCCUUUGGUUUGGGGCAGGGCUUGCUUAAGAUCCCUUAUUCUGGGAGGCAUUUGCUGAUCACUGUGUCCUCCUUCUCCCGUAAUCUCUAUAUUUAGAUUUUCUCCUUCUUUAUUCAUUUGACAGAGCUCAUAACUAUUUUCUUAGUUGGUUUCCUUUUAGCACCCUGUCUCACAACUAAACUGCAAGCUCUUUGAAAACUUAUCCUGUCAUGUCUUGUGUCCCCAGUGCCUUACUCAUUGCCUAAUACAUAACAUCUGUUUGUUGGAUAAAUUAAUUGUCCCUGCUCUGCUAUAUUUUUGUUUUAUUCUGUUUUGUAGAAUUGGCUAGACACUUGUAUGCUGUUUAAUCUCCCAUAGUUACAUAGGUCAUGAUGGCAGGAAAUUUGUUAUGUGUAUGCUUUUCACUCAUACCUUUUGCAUGUGUAUAUUCAGUAAAGACAUACAGACCUAAGUUGAAAAUUUCUCUUGAAAAUAAUUGAAAUGGAUGUUAGAAAUGUUCUGCAGCUACAAUGCCAAUAUAAUGAGAUUUUUUUUUUUUUGAGACAGAGUUUCACUCUUGUUACCCAGGCUGGAGUGCAAUGGCGUGAUCUCUGCUCACCGCAACCUCUGCCUCCUGGGUUCAGGCAAUUCUCCUGCCUUAGCCUCCUGAGUAGCUGGGAUUACAGGCACAUGCCACCAUGCCCAGCUAAUUUUUUGUAUUUUUAGUAGGGACAGGGUUUCACCAUGUUGACCAGGAUGGUCUCGAUUUCUUGACCUCAUGAUCCACCCACCUCAGCCUCCCAAAGUGCUAGGAUUACAGACUUGAGCCACCGCGCCCGGCCCCUAUAAUGAGAAUUUUUAAACAAAAGCUUUAAGAUCAAAGCUAAAUAGAGUAAAAAUCAAAAUGGACAUUUUAGAUCUAGCAAUAAAUUAUUUACAGUCACUUUAUUUUUUCUGUUCCCUGCCUUUUCCUGCCUCCUUCAUGCCAUUUUUACAACUACUUUCUUGUUCCAGUUGGCUUUUUCUGUUUUGGUCUUAGCCUUCUGGUCCACAGAACUUUCCAGCCCAAGGGGUUGUGGGAGGAGAUAGUAUAAUGUAAUACUUGUAUAAGUAAUGUAUAUGUAGUAUGUGUGUUAUAGCUAUGCUUCAUUUAUUAUUACUGUUUCCUCAAACAGUUUCUCUAGCUGUCUAACUGCAGCAGUUAGUCCUUCUUUCUUGAAACUUAUUUCUUUGAUUUUUGGAGACAGUCCUAUUUUUUUCUCUCAAGUUUUUAGUUAAACUUUCUCAUUCUCCCUUGUGGUUUCCCCUUCCUCUACCCGUCCCUUAAAUCUGCAUCUCAGGUAAUUGAUUUUAUGACAUGGACACAGAGAGAGGAACAACACACACCAGGGUCUGUUGGGGGGUGGUGAGCGAGGGGAGGGAACUUAGAGAAUGGGUCAAUAGGUGCAGCAAACUACCAUGGCAUAUGUAUACCUAUGUAACAAACCUGUAUGUUCUGCACGUGUAUCCUGUGUUUUUAGAAAUAAAUUAAAAAGUACCAAGUUAUGAAUGAUUACUCAUUGUCUUUAAAUAAGAUAGAGUUGAUCCCUAUGAUAUGAUUUGUCUCUGUGUCCCCACCCAAAUCUCAUCUCAAAUGGUAAUCCCCAUGUGUUGAGGAAGGGACCUGGUGGGAGGUGAUUGGCUCAUUGGGGCAGGGUUCCCCAUGCUGUUCUCAUAGUAGUGAGAGAGUUCUCCUGAGAUCUAAUGGUUUAAAAGUGGCAGUUUCCCCUGUGCUUGCUCUUUAUCUGCUGCUACCUUUUGAAGACAUGCUUUCCCUUCCUUUUCUGCCAUGUUGUAAGUUCCCUGAGGCCUCUUCAGCCAUGCUGAGAGGCCCAGCAACACAUGGAAGCCACCAAUGCUUGGGCUUGAGUCAAUUAAACUUCUUUCCUGGCCGGGCUCAGUGGCUCAAGCCUGUAAUCCCAGCACUAUGGGAGGCCGAGGCGGGUGGAUCAUGAGGUCAAGAGAUCGAGACCAUCCUGGUCAACAUGGUGAAACCCCCGUCUCUACUAAAAAUACAAAAAAUUAGCUGGGCAUGGUGGCGCGUGCCUGUAAUCCCAGCUACUCAGGAGGCUGAGGCAGGAGAAUUGCCUGAACUCAGGAGGCGGAGGCUGCAGUGAGCCGAGAUCACGCCAUUGCACUCCAGCCUGGAUAACAAGAACGAAACUCCGUCUCAAAAAAAAAAAAACAAACUUCUUUCCUUUACAAGUUACCCAGUCUCAGGUCAUUCUUUAUAGCAGUAUGAAGAUACACUAAUAUAGACAAUUGAUACUGGGAGUAGGGCAGUGCUAUAAAGAUAACUUGAAAAUGUGGAAGUGACUUUGGAACUGGGUAAUGGGCAGAUGCUGGAACAGUUUGGAGGGCUCAGAAGAAGACAGGAAGAUGUGGGAAAGUUUGGAACUUCCUAGAGAUUUGUUGAAUGCUUUUGACUGAAAUGCCGAUAGUGAUAUGGACAAUGAAGUUCAGGCUGAGGUGGUCUCAGAUGGAGAUGAGGAACUUAUUGGGAACUGGAGCAAAGGUCACUAUAUACUUUAGCAAAGAGACUGGCAGCAUUUUGGCCUGCCCUAGAGAUCUGUAGAACUUUAAACUUGAGAUAAAUGAUUUGGGUAUCUGGCAGAAGAAAUUUCUAAGCAGCAAAACAUUCAAGAUGUGACCUGGCUGAUCCUGUAAGUGUUUAGUCAUUGCAUUCACAAAGAGAUUUUCUGAAAUUGGAACUUUUAUUUAGAAGGGAAGCAGAGCAUAAAGUUUGGAAAAUUUGCAGCCUAUGUGGUAGAAAAGAAAAACUCAUUUUCUAGGGAGAAAUUCAACCCAGCUACACAAAUUUGUAUGAGUAAUGAGGUGGUGAAUGUUAAUAGCCAAGACAAUGAGGAAAAUGUCUCCAGGGCAUUUCAGAGAUCUUCACAGUGCCCCUCUGAUCACAAGCCUGGAGGCCUAGGAGGGAAAAAUGGUUUCAUAGGCCCUGUCUGCUGCUCUAUGCAGCCUCAGGACAGGGUACUCUGUGUCCCAGCUGCUUCAGCUCCAGCCAUGGCUAAAAGAAGCCAAGGUACAGCUCGGGUCAUUGCUUCAGAGGGUGCAAGCCCAAGCAUUGGCAGCUUCUACGUGUUGUUGGGUGUGCAGGUAUGCAGAAGAUAAGAGUUAUGUUUGGGAACCUCCACCUAGAUUUCAGAGGAUGUAUGGAAAUGCCUGGAUGUCCAGGCAGAAGUCUGUUGCAGGGGCAGAACCCUCAUGGUGAGAACCUCUGCUAGGGUAGUGCAGAAGAGAAAUGUAGGGUUGGAGCCCCAACACAGACUUCCCACUGGGAUACUGCGAGAAGAGGGCCACAGUCCUCUAGACCCCAGAAAGGUAGAUCCACUGAAAGCUUGCAACACACACUUGGAAAAGCCACAGACACUCAAUGCCAACCCAUGAAAGCUGCAGCGGCUAUACCCUGCAGAGCCACAGGGGAGAAGCUGCCCAAGGCUGUGGGAGCCUCCCCACCCCUUGCAUCAGUGUGCCCUGGAUGUGAGACAUCGAGACAAAGGAAAUUUUUUAGCUUUAAAAUUUAAUGACUGGGUUUCAGAACUGCAUGGGGGCCCUGGCACCUUUGUUUUGGUGCAUUUCUCCUAUUUGGAAUGGAAGCAUUUACCCAAUGCCUGUACCCCCAUUGUAUCUUGGAAGCAACUAACUUGCUUUGAUUUUACAGGCUCAUAGGUGGAAGGGACUUAACCUUGUCUCAGAUGAGACUUUGGACUUGGACUUUUGAGUUAAUGCUGCAAUGAGUUAAGACUUUGGGGGACUGUUGGGAAGGCAUGAUUGGUUUUGAAAUGUGAAAAGGACAUGAGCUUUGGGAGGGGUGAGGGACCCUCCCAAAUGAUAGGGUUUGGCUCUGUGUCCCCACCCAAAUCUCAUCUCAAAUUGCAACCCCAUAUGUCAAGGGAGACCUCAGGGAAGGUGACUGGCUCAUAGGGGUGGUUUCCACCAUGCUGUUCUCUCUCCUGCCACCUUGUGAAGACAUGCCUUGCUUCCCCUUCACCUUCUGCCAUGGUUGUAAGUUUCCUGAGGCCUCUCCAGCCAUGCUGAACUGUGAGUCAAUUAAACUUCUUUUCUUUAUAAAUUACCUAGUUGCAGUUCAUUCUGUAUAGCAAUGUGAAAAUGGACUAAUACAUCCUAUAAUAGUAUUAUUAGUCAUAUAUUUCUGUGAUAUCUUCAGUGGAAGAGAGGAGAGUGGUUCUUCAGUGGAGUUGCAGGAAUUUUGAGUUCCAGAUAAAUAACAUUGAGAAAUGGGAAUUAGUAUUAUUGGUCAUAUGUGUAAAGCAGUGUCCCUAUAAUCUCUCCUCAGCCCACUUCUGAUGUGAGUUGCUCUUGGACAUUUUCUUUCAUUUCCACGACUUGAAAAAACACUCAUUUUGUAAUGAUCCCCAAUUUUUUAUUUCCAGCUCACAUUUCUCUUCUGAGUCCUAAGAAGGAAUAUUCAUUAGCUCGUUUUUUAUUAUUUCUCACAAUAUGUCUCUUGAACACUUCAAGCUCAGUGCUUUCAAAACUGAAACUGUCCGCAUUUGUUCAGCCUUGUGGGUGUCUCAGUAUCAUUCACGAUUUCUCUGUGUUCCCCACAAGUCUUCUCAAUUGUAUUUUUAAAGAAUUCUUAGUAUCUAACUAUUGCCACUGUUUUGUCCUCAUGAGUUCUUACCUGGAUUUCUGUCGUAGAAUCUUGGCCUUCUGUCUUUAAUUAAGGUUUCCUCUGUUCCACACAGUAUUUAUCAGAUUAUCUAAGAUAGUAAUUCUCUUGAACUUUUCAGAGUAAACUUGUAGGGUCCCAUGUCACAUGUCAGAACUACUCAUCAAUAAUUUCUGAAAGGGAAAUCUGGAUGUAUAUAGUUCGAAAAAAACUAACAGGUGAUGCUGAUGAGGACACCUGGUUACAAACCAUUCUUUAGACCAGGUCAGGUGGCCCACACCUGUAAUCCCUGCACAUUAGGAGGCAAAGAUGGAAGAAUUGCUUGAUCCCAGGAGUUCAAGAUCAGCCUGGGCAACAUAGGGAGACACCCUGUCUCUAUAAAAAGAUAUUUUUUAAAGUGGCCAGGUAUGGUGUCGCAUGUCUGUGAUUCCAGCUACUGAGGAGGCUGAAGGGGGAGGAUUGCUUGAGCCUGGAAGGUCAUGCCUAGAGUGAGCUAUGAUCACACCACUGCACUCUAGCCUGGGCAACAGAGCAAGACCCUGUCUCAAAAAAGUAUAAAUUUAACUGUAACUAAAAUUCUUGAGAGGCUGGUGAUUCCCUUGAAGAUAUAAUGUGAGAUCCUUAUUUGGCAUAUAAUAUUCCAUAGUUUGUUUCCUGUCUGCUUCAUAUUCCUAUUCUCUGAUAUAAUCAUGCUGAAUUACUACAUACAGUUCUAAUGUGCCAUCUUGGGGAUAUUUCUAGGUCUUUGUAUAUGGAAUUUUAUCUUCUUUUCUUUUUUCCUUCUUUGGAUAAUUUCUCCUUUUCAAUACUCAGUUGUCAUGUCCUAGAGGAAGUGUUCCCAGAUUGUAUACAUUUAUUUACUUGUUUUCUCUAGUCCCUAGCAUGACACUUGGUAGUCAAUAAAUGUCAGCUGUAUAAAUGUAGACCUUACCUUUAGGUGCAACAAUAACAGCAUUGAUUCAGCAUUCAUUAUGCGCCAAGUGCUGGACUGUGCUAAUUGCUGCUGACCAUUUGUGCUUUAUUGUUUACUCCCACAACAACGUGAUGAAGUUUAAGCUAUGAAGAAGGACAUCCCUCACAUUCUGAAACAGAUCUCCUUCAGAGACAGAGUUUUGCAGCCUCUCACCAGCUUCCUGGAUAUGCUCCCACACCUCAACCUACUGGUCUUUCUGGAAUAUUUGAUACUAGUGUAAACAGUGCCAGCAGUAACACUAAAGAGUCUUCAGUGAUGAAUUUUCUGUCUACUGCUGAAUCUCGAACUGCUCAGGCUGCUGCUUCAGGAACUACUCUUUUACCACAAUUCAGGGCUCCAUCCUGGCAGACAGGCAUGCAUUCCUCAGCAGCAACUGAGCUGUUUGCUACUGGACCUUUGCCAAGCACUGGAACACUUCCACCAUCUGCUCUCUCUGCUUAUCAGCAUCCUACCACCUUUGGCAAUAGAAACUUUGCUACCACCUCACCUUUGGUGCUUCAGGAUUCAACUUUUAACACUACAUCAAAUGGAAUUUUAAGUCAUCAUGACCCUUUGCUACAAAUCAAGACUUCCCAGGGAACUGUUCCAACUGCUUUGGCAUUUGAGCGCCUGGGCAGUUCUGCAUUAAGUAACAGCAUACCACCUCAGUCUUCAACAUACCGCUCAGCUCAAGAGUCUGCACCCCAUCUUUUACAACCUCAAUUUAGUUUGUUGCCUUCAGCACUUGGGGGAGCCCAGCAGACUCCUCAAGCCUACAGUUCAAGUCUCUUUACUAGUUCUACUGCUUCCAUUGAAAGAGCUCUUCUUCGAGAAUGUAGUGUUAUUAAACACCAUCAGCGGCCUUCAGGUACCCAGUCUAUUCAGGCACAACUGACUGGUUCACAGCACUCCUUACAUAGUUAUCUAUCAAAUUCAAGUGUAGUUAAUUUUCAGGAAACAACCAGGCAGUCAUCUUUAUCCUGUAGCCCAGUUGGAGAUUCCACUCAGGUGAGCAAUGGAGGAUUGCAACAGAAGACCUCCCAGGUCUCAGUGGAACUUGCUCAGUCUUAUUCAUCUGCAAUUCCAUCAUCAGGGUAUCCUACUACAAAAGUAAAAAGCUGUUCUACAGAACAACCACUAACAUCAACCAAGACCCCUAAACCUCAAAGUAUAAUUCCUCCUGUGCAAACACUAAGUUAUUCCAAACCUUUACAUAACCAGAGUUCUGUAAUAUCAGGCCAAGCACAAAUUUAUUCUACAGCGCAGCUACCAAGCCUUUUAUCAGUUAGUCAGUCCCAAAAUUACGGUUUAGUGCAGCCACAUAAUGUGCCAUCUAUUGUUCAUUCACAGGUUUAUAGGUCCAGCAAGGUUGAGAAAUUGCCGCCCUUGUAUAAAACACUGACUUUUUCUGGGUCAUCUCAGACUAUAACUUCUGAAAAUCAGACACUUAGUUAUUCAUCUAAUCAGCAAGAGGUAUUGUCUUCAGUUACAAAUGAAAAUUACCCUGCUCAAACAAGAGAUCUAUCCUCAGUCAGUCAGUCUCAAAGUUACUCAUCUGGUCACUCUCAGGGUUUAUCACCAGUUAGCCAGACACAGGUUAGCUAUUCAUCUCAAUCACAAGUUUUGUCCGUUGUUAGUCCUUCAGAAAGCUAUGCUUCAGGGGAGUCCCUAACAUUAACAGCCCCUUCUCUUUCUUAUUCUUCUGCCUCUCGGGCUCAGAAUUUGCCAGACUCUAGUACAAGCCAGAAUUAUAUUUCUAUGCAUUCCUCCCAAAAUGUUCAGACUCAAGAGUCAUCAUCUUCCCAGUCCCAGAAGUUUUUGCCUACUGUCCAGUCAUCAUCUUUUGCAUCAUCUACUCAUUGUCAGACAUUACAAAAUAACAUACCUUCCCCUGACCCAAAAUCUUACACUGAAAGAAAGCUUGACUCAGAUGUGUAUACAUCUUCAAAGCAAGAAGAUGGUUUUCCAAUGCAAGAGUUACAGGUAUUGCAGCCACAAUCGUCUCUUGAGUCAUCAACCCAAAGGCUAUCUGAUGGGGAAAUUAAUGCUCAAGAAUCAACUUACAAGGUGUCAAAGGCAGAUGACAGAUAUUCUCAGAGUGUAAUCAGAAGUAAUUCCCGUCUUGAAGAUCAAGUUAUUGGGGUUGCUCUACAAGCAUCAAAAAAAGAAGAAAGUGUUGUUGGUUCAGUGACACAACUUAACCAACAAAUUGGCCAAGUCAAUAAUGCAGCUACCCUUGAUCUUAAGAAGACAACUAAUUUAAUACAGACUCCACAAAUAAGGUUGAAUACUAAAGACCUAAAGCAACAGCAUCCUCUUGUACUUAAGGUGCAUGAGUCCAAGGUCCAGGAACAGCAUGAUCAAAUAAUUAAUGCUUCAUCUCAGAUUCAAAUUCCAAAUCAUGCUUUAGGGCAUGGCCAUCAGGCAUCUCUUCCUAAUACACAGGUCCUUCUAGAUUCUGCCUGUGAUUUACAAAUUCUUCAGCAUUCAAUACUGCAGGCAGGUUUAGGCCAAGUAAAGGCAUCUUUACAAUCACAGCGUGUUCAAAGCCCUCAACAAAUAGUACAUCCUUUCCUUCAGAUGGAAGGUCAUGUUAUUCAAAGCAAUGGUGAUCAUUCUCAGCAGCAACUCCAUCCUCAAAAUUCUGAAGUUAUGAAAAUGGACCUUUCUGAGUCUUCAAAACCAUUGCAACAACAUCUAACAACAAAGGGCCAUUUUAGUGAAACAAAUCAACAUGAUUCAAAGAAUCAGUUUGUUUCUCUUGGAUCAAUGUGUUUUCCAGAGGCAAUGCUUCUCAGUGAUGAAAGAAAUAUUUUAUCAAAUGUAGAUGAUAUCUUAGCAGCUACAGCAGCAGCUUGUGGGGUUACACCUUCUGAUUUUUCCAAGUCAACUUCAAAUGAAACCAUGCAGGCUGUUGAAGAUGGUGAUUCUAAAUCUCAUUUUCAGCAGUCAUUAGAUGUCAGCCAUGUGACUUCAGAUUUUAACUCUUUAACAGCUACAGUAGGAAAGUCACAGAAUAUAAAUGAUAUUUCCUUAAAUGGAAAUCAGGUUACUGUGAACCUUUCACCAGUACCUGCCCUUCAGUCAAAAAUGACUCUUGAUCAACAGCACAUUGAAACACCUGGUCAAAAUAUACCAACUAAAGUAACUUCAGCAGUGAUUGGACCAAGUCCUGAAGUCCAGGAGCAAAGUUCUGGCCCAUUCAAGAAACAGUCUGCUACCAAUCAUGAAUCUGAAGAAGACAGCGAAGUUCCUGUUGAUAGUACAUUAAAUAAUAACAGAAACCAAGAGUUUGUUUCUAGUAGUAGAAGUAUAAGUGGAGAGAGUGCGACAUCAGAGAGUGAAUUUACCUUAGGCGGUGACGACGGUAUGGCAGUGAACCCAGCUAGGAGUGCACUUGCACUGUUGGCCAUGGCCCAAUCUGGGGAUGCAAUCAGUGUCAAGAUUGAAGAAGAAAACCAAGAUUUAAUGCAUUUUAACCUUCAAAAGAAAAGAGCUAAAGGAAAAGGGCAAGUUAAAGAGGAAGACAACAGUAAUCAGAAACAGCUGAAAAGACCUGCCCAAGGCAAACGCCAGAAUCCAAGGGGAACAGAUAUAUAUUUACCAUAUACUCCUCCUUCCUCAGAAAGCUGCCAUGAUGGUUAUCAGCAUCAAGAAAAAAUGAGACAGAAGAUCAAAGAGGUAGAGGAAAAACAACCAGAAGUCAAAACAGGAUUUAUUGCUUCUUUCUUAGAUUUUCUGAAAUCUGGGCCCAAGCAGCAGUUUUCCACUCUUGCUGUACGAAUGCCUAACAGGACUAGACGACCAGGGACCCAGAUGGUUCGCACAUUUUGUCCCCCACCACUUCCAAAGCCUUCAUCUAUAACACCCACACCUUUAAUGUCUGAAACUGGCAGUAACAGUCCAUCAGAUAAAGUUGAUAACGAACUUAAAAACUUGGAACAUUUAUCUUCAUUUUCUUCUGAUGAAGAUGAUCCUGGAUGUAGUCAAGAUGCUUAUAAAAGCAUCUCUACUCCCCUAACUACUUUGGAUACUACUUCUGAUAAAAAGAAGAAAACAGAAGCCCUACAGGUGGCAACUACUGGCCCAACUGCCAAUACUACUGGUACUGCUACUACUUCCUCCACCACUGUGGGUGCAGUUAAGCAAGAACCCUUCCACUCUACUUCAUAUGCAGUAAAUAUUCUGGAAAAUAUAAGCUCUUCAGAAUCCUCAAAGCCCACUGAACUUGAUGGUCUUCCUUCAGACCAGUUUGCAAAAGGACAGGACACUGUCGCCAUAGAAGGUUUUACAGAUGAGGAGAACGAAGAAAGUGGAGGAGAAGGCCAAUACAGAGAGCGUGAUGAAUUUGUGGUAAAGAUAGAAGACAUAGAGACUUUUAAGGAGGCUUUAAAAACAGGAAAAGAACCUCCAGCUAUUUGGAAAGUACAAAAAGCUUUAUUACAGAAAUUUGUUCCUGAAAUUCGCGAUGGUCAAAGAGAAUUUGCUGCUACAAAUAGUUAUCUUGGAUAUUUUGGAGAUGCAAAGAGUAAAUACAAAAGAAUAUAUGUGAAGUUCAUCGAAAAUGCAAACAAGAAGGAAUAUGUCAGAGUGUGUUCUAAAAAGCCAAGAAACAAACCUUCACAAGCUAUCAGAACUGUUCAAGCUAAGCCAAGUAGUGGCAGUAAAACUUCUGAUCCUCCAACAUCAAAAACUACAACUACAAAAGCCCCUUCCGUGAAACCAAAAGUUAAACAGCUAAAAGUAAAGGCUGAGCCACCACCAAAGAAACGUAAAAAAUGGAAAGAAGAAUUUUCAUCAUCCCAAUCUGACUCAUCUCCUGAGAUCCAUACUAGUAGUAGUGAUGAUGAGGAAUUUGAUCCUCCAGCUCCCUUCGUCACUCGCUUUUUGAACACAAGAGCAAUGAAGGAAACCUUUAAGAGCUACAUGGAAUUGCUUGUUAGCAUUGCCUUGGACCCUGACACAAUGCAAGCCUUAGAGAAGAGCAAUGAUGAGCUACUUUUACCUCAUAUGAAAAAAAUAGAUGGCAUGCUAAAUGAUAACCGAAAGAGACUUCUUUUGAAUCUUCAUUUGGAUCAGUCAUUCAAGAAUGCUUUGGAAAGUUUUCCUGAACUAACAAUAAUUACUCGAGAUUCUAAAGCAAAGAGUGGAGGAACUUCUAUUUCUAAAAUCAAAAUGAAUGGCAAAGCUUAUAACAAGAAAACUCUAAGGACUUCUAAAACAACCAUUAAAUCUUCACAAGAGUUUGCUGUUGAUCCAGAGAAAAUACAGUUGUAUUCUUUAUAUCAUUCACUCCAUCAUUAUAAAUAUCAUGUUUAUCUGAUAUGUAAGGAUGAGGUAAUUUCUUCUCAUUUAUUUAAAAAAGAAAUGUAUGUUUUUCAGAAUAUUAAGGAGAUUCUAGCUAUAGUAUUUUUGAAUGUUUUAAAGAGAAUUGUGAAAUACAUGUGUGUAUAUAUUUUGCCUAUGUAUUCUGUAAAUAAUGACUCGAUGAUUUGUCAUUCUGAGUCUCUGCUAUGUUUUGUGCUCAGAUUUAUGUGAGCCUCACCACCUCUUGUAGGAACUAUAGUUGGUAAUGUUUUGAAGCUGCUGGUGCUUGCUUUACAUCGCCAUAAUAAAUGAUGUGUUAUUGCA